AUGGGAGAAGUAGUAGUUCCCAUUGAAGACGAUGGUUCCAUGCACGUGCUCCCACUUUACUCACCGCCUACAACGACUCCACUCGAAAUCAUCACCGUCAAAUCUACCUGGAUCAAGGACACUCCGGUGGCCGGACAAGCAGGUUCGGGUCCGCCGGAUGUGGUCGACCUUCGGGAACUUGAAUCGUGGCUGCCUCUUACCGAGUCCAGAAAUGGGACCAUAUUCUCUGCUGUUUUCCAUCUGCUGUGUUCAGGGCUCGGCUUUCAGGCACUCUUGCUUCCUGCUGCCUUUUCAAGUCUUGGAUGGACAUGGGGGAUCAUAUGUUUGUCCAUAGCAUAUACAUGGCAACUCUACACAGCAUGGCUUCUUGUAAAUCUUCAUGAACCUGUUCCUGGAACCCGCUGCAGCAGAUUCGUCCGCCUCUCAAUUAUUGCCUUUGGUCAAAAGCUCGGGAAAUUGCUGGCAAUCUUCCCAGUAAUGUACCUAUCGGGAGGCUCAUGCGUCAUGCUCAUCAUCACAGGAGGAAAUUCCAUGAAACAAUUUUUCAACAUUAUAUGCGAACAAGGCACCAUGUGUGGUUCCAAGUCGUUGAGUGGUACACACUGGUUCCUCAUAUUCACUUGCGUUGCUCUCAUCAUUGGUCAAUUGCCCAAUUUAAAUUCAAUUGCCAGAGUGUCCCUAACCGGUGCCAUAACUUCUAUUGGGUACAUUACUAUGAUAUCGGCUCUAUCGAUCGGCAAGGGCAGGACUGAUGGUGUUUCCUACAACGUACCGGAUGCGGAGAAAACCGGUAUGGCUAGAUUCGGUGACAUCUCAAAUGCCAUCGGCAUUAUUAUGCUUGCAUUCAGAGGGCAUAAUCUUAUUCUUGAGAUUCAGGGAACAUUGCCAUCCGAGUCGAAACACUCGUGUCGGACGUCUAUGUGGAGAGGUGUAAUGGUGUCGUACAUUAUAAUUCCAAUGUGUUUGUUUCCGCUCGCUGUAGUUGGAUUUUGGGCUUAUGGAGACAAGAUACCGGCGAAGGGAGUGGGGAUUCUAACAGCAUUUGCACAGUUUCGCGAACACGACACUUCGAAGUUCAUGAUAGGCCUAAUCUACUUAUGGUUGGCAAUUGCUUGCAUAACCUCGUACCAAAUCUACGCGAUGCCGGCUUUCGACAACUUGGAGUUUGUAUACGCAAGCAAUAAGAAAAGGCGAUGUCCAGGGUGGGUUCGGGUAGGUUUACGCCUUUUCUUCGGAGGGCUGACAUUGCUCAUCGCGGUGGCGUUUCCGUUCUUGGGAAGCUUGGCACCUUUGAUUGGGGGAUUGGCAGCUGUGCCUUUGACGUUUGCAUAUCCAUGUUUCAUGUGGAUUUCAAUCAGGAAACCUGGACGGAAUAGUGGGAUGUGGAGUGUGAACAUGGGACUUGGUUGCUUUGGCAUUAUACUAAGCAUUUUGUUGAUAGUUGCUGCUGUAUGGAACUUAGCUGACCAAGGCUUGAAUGCUAAUUUCUUCAGUCCUUGAAUAACAAACAGAGAAAAGAAAGAUCAACCGGUGUA